UUAGACUUGGUUUCGCUUUUUGUGACUCCCGGGUUGAAAUUUGCUAGACACAGCUCAGGGUGUUGAAGGGGGGCGGAAAAAGGGCUUCUUUAGUGGAGAUGGCGAUGGAGAAGGAGUUCAAGGUCUACAAUUCAAUGACUCAGCAGAAGGAGAUAUUCAAGCCUCUUGUUCCUGGUAAAGUUUCUAUGUACGUUUGUGGAAUCACCUCCUACGACUACAGCCAUCUGGGUCACGCUCGUGCUGCUGUCAAUUUUGAUAUCCUCUAUAGAUACCUUCAACACUUGGGCUAUGAAGUAACAUAUGUGCGAAAUUUCACUGAUGUUGAUGACAAGAUAAUUAAGCGAGCAAAUGAAAUUGGUGAAGAUCCCUUGAAAUUAAGCAACCGCUUUUGUGAAGAAUAUAUUGUUGAUAUGAAUGCUCUUCAGUGCCUGAUUCCAACACAUCAACCUCGAGUUUCUGAUCACAUGGAGCAGAUAAAUGACAUGAUAAGUCAGAUUAUCAAAAAGGGAUUUGCAUAUGAAGUUGAUGGAGAUGUUUUCUUUGCUGUUGAAAAAUUUCCAAACUAUGGCUGUCUGUCGGGACAAAAGCUAGAACAUAAUAGGGCUGGGGAACGAGUGGCUGUUGACACAAGAAAGCGUCAUCCUGCUGACUUUGCAUUAUGGAAGUCUUCUAAGCCUGGUGAGCCAAGCUGGGACAGCCCUUGGGGUCCUGGAAGACCUGGGUGGCAUAUGGAAUGCAGUGCAAUGAGUGCCCAUUAUUUAACUACCAGAUUUGAUAUUCAUGGCGGUGGAAUCGAUUUGAUUUUCCCACAUCAUGAGAAUGAAAUUGCCCAGAGCUGUGCUGCAUGCCAAGAGAGCAAAGUCAGUUAUUGGAUGCAUAAUGGUCAUGUCACCAAUAACAAUGAGAAGAUGUCAAAAUCCUUGGGCAACUUCUUCACUAUUCGCGAGAUCACUGAGCGGUACCAUCCAAUUGCUUUGAGACAUUUCUUGAUUAGUGCUCAUUACAAAUCCCCUCUAAAUUUCACAAUCUUACAAUUGGAAAGUUCAUCAGACACUAUUUACUAUAUAUAUCAAACUCUUCAAGAUUGUGAAGCAGCUUUAUCAUCAUUUCAAGAAGGAAGCGUGGAACAGAAUAAAAAGGGACCUAAAGUUAGUGACGCUGCCAUAAAUUGCAUUAAAAAGGUGCGAGAAGAGUUUGAUGAAAAGAUGUCAGAUGACUUGCAAACGCCGGUAGUACUUACUGGUGCUUUCCAAGAAGCCUUGAAAUUUGUAAACAGUUCUUUGAAGAUGCUGAAGAAAAAGAUACAGAAGAAGCAGCUUUUAGAAUUGUUGGAAUCUCUAGCUGCAGUAGAGAAAGAAGUUAAAGAAAUCUUAAAAAUCCUGGGAUUAUUGUCCCCUUCUUCCUAUGCCGAGGUUCUGCAGCAGUUGAAAGACAAGGCAUUGAAGAGAGCAGGACUGUUGGAAGAUGAUGUACUGCGUUUGAUAGAAGAGAGAACUCAGGCAAGAAUUAACAAGGACUUCCCCAAGAGUGAUAAGAUUAGAGCCGACUUAACUGUAAAGGGUAUUGCUCUCAUGGAUUUGGGCAAUGAAACAGUUUGGAGGCCUUGUAUCCCCAGUGAACAGUAGCGGCUCGAGUUCGGCCACCUGAAGAGGAAAGAAAAACUUCCGACCACUCCGGUGAAUCAAAACGCUGAAUAGCUAAUCAUUGAGUGAGAAGCCAAUGUACCCUACAUGUUUAUUUUUUAUUAGCAUUACAAUUUUGUUAAGAGCUGAAGACUGGAAGGAGUAAUUUUUUUUUAUUGUAAGUUGUCACAUGCAAUGCAAGGAUUCAACACUGUAAGCAACUUGAGGCUGGUUGGGUUCACUAGAAACUUUUUAAUUAUCAUCCCUGUUUUUUGAGGCCUCAAGUUUCCUUUUCCUGAUAUUUCUGUUUCCUUGAUAGUUUGUUUAUAUGCACUGGGAUCUGGAUCUUUAAUAUUUUGAUUUGUACUUUUGAAUGAAAAGCUCUAGCGGUGUUCUAUGCUUCA